AUGCACGUAGGGCUCAAUCAGGCGUCGGUUAAUGACCCCAGCCCCCUCAGACUGGAAUGGAUGUCCCCCACGCUUCAGUUUGAUAUUAUUUUGAAAAUUUUCCGGCGAAAUGGCCAGAUUAUUUCCUUUUACUCUAAACUUCUGCUCCCCUAUUCUCAACAAAAAGCACAAAUUAUCACCAGUCUCUCUUACUCUCAAUUUCUCUUUCUCUCUCUCUCUCUCUCUCUCUCUCUCGUUCCUUCCCUUCAUUCUCUCUUUUUAGCGACCUUACUGACAAGCAGUAUCUCACUCUCUUUCUCUCUUCUAAACACCAUCUCACUAUUACUCUCCAACAGAUACUCCCGCAUUUUCUCUCCUACUUUCUUUCACUUCCACCUAUAUCUUUUCUCAAUUCUCUCUUACUCUCAAUUUCUCUUUCUCUCUCUCUCUCUCUCUCUCUCUCGUUCCUUCCUUCAUUCUCUCUUUUUAGCGACCUUACUGACAAGCAGUAUCUCACUCUCUUUCUCUCUUCUAAACACCAUCUCACUAUUACUCUCCAACAGAUACUCCCGCAUUUUCUCUCUCACUUUCUUUCACUCUCCACCUAUAUCUUUUUCUCACUCUCUACGUUUCAAUACAAAACUCUCUCUUUGUUACUCUCUAGCUCCCUCGCUCUCGCUCACACUCUCUCACCAUUUCUCUUACACUCCAGCUCUUUCUUUUUUUAGAGACUUUUUCUCAAUCUUUUUCUCUCUCUUUUGCUCUCCAACUCUUUUACUCAAGAACUUCCCUUCUCUCUCCAACGUCCUUACUCUCCAGUACAUGCCGCUACUUGCUCUCUAUCCAACUGUCACUCUUAUUCGGCAGUAUUAUCUCUUGUCUCAUUCUUGCACUUCAACUCAUUUCUUUCUCUCUCAAUACCCUACCUUCGUUCUUACUUUCCAGUUCAUUUUCUUUCUUCACCUCUUUUUUUUACUCUCUGUCACUCUCUCUUACUAUCCAGCUUUCUGUUUUUUUCCAGCUCUCUCUAAAAUUUUCUCUCGCUUUCCGUCUUUUUUUAAUUUCGAACACUCUUUCCAAUACACGCUUUUGUUAUCUAGCUUUCUAAUUCUUACUCUCCAGUACUGUCUCUUUCUUACUUUCCACCUUUCUUUCUUUCUUCUCAGCACUCUCUCUCUCUCUUUCUUUCUCUCUCUCUCUCUCUCUCUCUCUCUCUCUCUCUCUUACUAUACAGCUUUCUGUUUUGUUCCUUCUAGGUCUCCUUAA